AUGGAAAAUUUUAAAGCAUGUGUGAAGCAAGAAAAAAUUCAGUGUAAGGCUUUUGUUUGUUUAGAUGUAGCUACUAGAUGGAAUUCCACAUAUUUAAUGCUUGAACAUGCAAUUAAAUUUGAAAAAGCUUUCAAAAUUUUAGAGGAAGAGAAAGAGGACUCAAAUUUCGUGGAGUAUUUUAAGGAAGAUGAUCGUGGAAAUAAGAGAUUGGGGCCCCCAAGGGCGUCUGAUUGGUUGGCGGUAAGUGUAUUUAUAAGGUUUUUGAAAAGGUUUUAUGAAACCGCUACAAAAAUAAUUGGAUCUUCAUAUGUGCCUUCUGAUGUUGGUUAUAAGGAGAUUAACAAAAGUCAAUUUUUUUUUAAAAAAUGGAGCAACAACAACAACUCUGUUCUUAGUUUGAUGGCUAUGAAUAUGAAAACAAAGUUUGAUAAGUAUUGGGGUUCGCUUGAGAAGAUGAAUAAGUUGAUGUUUGUGGCUAUGGUGAUUGAUCCUCGGUACAAGUUAAAGUACUUGACUUAUUGUCUUUCCAAUGUUUAUGAGAGUGAUGUUAUUAAGGAUGUAGUUGAGAGCGUGAAGAUAUAUUUGUAUCGUCUAUAUGACUUUUACAAAUCCCAACACAACCCUUCUACUCAAAUUGGUCAUAGCACGGAUGAUCUUAAGCAAUCAAACAAUGUUACUAUGGAAGUGGAGAACGAUGAAGAAAUUGAUCCGUGGAUAACAUUUUGUGCUUUGAGAGAAGAAGAAAGCACAAUGGAAGUGGAGAAUGAUUUGACUUCUUAUUUGUUUGACAAGGAUGUAGUAGAUAAAGAGGAAUUUGAUAUUAUGUAUUGGUGGAAAAUGAAUGGGUACAAAUAUCCCAUUCUAUCAACAAUUGUUCGUGAUGUUUUGGCGGUUCCAAUAUCUACAGUGGCUUCUGAAUCUGCAUUUAGUACAGGUGGGAGGAUUCUUGAUUCCUUUCGUAGUUCUUUGACUCCUAAAACAGUUAAAACCUUGAUAUGUACGCAAAAUUGGAUUGGAGGCGGCUCGGUGUUAUUAGAUCUUCAUCCACAACUUGAAGAGUUAGAGACUUAUGAGAAUAUUGAGAUAGGUAAUUGA